UCCACUUUCAAAGUUUUCAAUUUAGUUUUGAUCUCAGGAAUAGUGCUAUAUUUUCUUCUUUAUGUUCUCUUAAUCGGGCAUUCACCACAUCUGCCAGUGGUGAAAAUUUAUUUUGAAGAAGAACCGUCAAAAAGCGAUGAAAGGGACCUUACACCCGAAACGUCGUUUAAUUUUGGAUCUAGAACAAAGAUAAAUGACAGUUUCAAUUCUUCUCUGAUACCAGAACUUUCGAUGAAAGACGAAAAAGCGCCAGAAGAAGUUAGAGGCAGAGAGGAAAAUACUGUGAAGACAAGUAGCCUUCUUUCAUUUCUCGAAGGACUGGGUAUUCCUAUAAACAAAGCCCGUAUUAUGAUGGCAAGCGAUGUUUCAAAGGAAGUUCUCCCUCGAGUCAAUCCAAACGGAAUUUCUUUGACAAAGUUGAUGGAGAAAAUGGAUGCGGAGUUUGAUGUUGAAAGGGGUACACCGUGUCCAACUAGUCACUUAAAUUCAGUUGGUUUGUUGGCGGUUUACAACAAUUCAUUGAAGCUCGAGGAAGUGGAACGUGAGGUAGAUUUUGUGCAGAAAGGUGGACAGUGGAAACCUGACUGUGUACCCAGGAAAAAGGUAGCCAUAGUUGUUCCCUUCAGAGACAGACAAGAGCACCUUAACAUAUUCAUAAGACAUAUGCACAAGUAUCUCCGAUGGCAAAUGUUAGAGUACAGAAUCUUCAUUAUAGAACAGGUGACCGGGGCCGACAACGAGCGCUUCAAUCGUGGAAUGCUAAUGAAUGUUGGGUUUAGUGAAGCAAUGAAGGUCGGUAACUUCACAUGCGUAAUAUUCCAUGAUGUGGAUCUCAUCCCAGAGGAUGCUAGGAAUGACUACAGCUGUCCUUCCUCUCCGCGUCACAUGUCCACUGCUGUAAGCCGCAUGGACUACAUAUUAAAGUACGAGACCUUGUUUGGUGGUGUUGAAGGUUUCUGGGUCGAGCAUUACCGCCACAUCAAUGGAUUUCCAAACCGCUUCUGGGGUUGGGGCGGAGAGGAUGAUGAUUUGUAUGUCAGAAUCACAGAAAGGCGCCUGAGUUUCACUCGGCCGGCUCAUAUGAUUGGUCGAUACACCAUGCUGGAUCAUACACACACAGAAGAACAAGAAAAUCCUCUAAGGCAUGAGGAACUUCGUAGAAGUGAGGCGCAUAUCGAUGCGGACGGAUUGAACACCCUCACAUACAACGUGAUGGAAUUCCAGGAAAAGCCGCUGUACACUCUGAUAUCUGUAUCACUCCAAUAGUGUAGAACGCGAACGUAAUGGAAACAGUCGACGAUGUAACAUACUAAGUCAGCGGUUGUACCUCUUUUCGUCCCUUAGCAACAUGAAUGACCCAUCCUUAAAAGACUAGUAUAUCCUGAUCUGAAAUCGAGGGGGUUCGCUGUUCUGCUGACUUUCUCAAAAAUUGCUGGCGGACUGUAGUGGUCCUGAAUAGAGAAAGUGCGUGAUAUUUUCGAAGUCUGGCGACCUUUAUGUUUGAGUCGAGUACGAUACUGUAAUGACAAAGUGGAUGCUAGUCACUCUUUAAACUCAAGGUAUUAAUU